UCGCCGAUAUCGUCGUCGCCAUUACUUUUUACCGGAAGGAGAACCACCAAAAUUUCGAAUAAUUUCAAUCAACUUCAAAACAAAACGAUAACACUGAAAAAAUGAGGAGAGGAAGUGCAUCGCCAAGGGCUCCUCCUUCAUCACCAUCAUCCUCGUCAUCAUCAAGCUCAAAGCCAGGUGAAUCCGGUAUUGGUCUCCUCGCUGAAGCAAAGCGGCUCUAUAAGUCGGUUAAUAAAUCCGAUAAAGCAAAAGCCUCUGCCGUUGGGCCUUCAAAAAAGAAAUAUUCAUCAUCGUCAUCACUGUCAUCCUCAAAGUCAGAUGACGUCACUGAUGGUUUGGGUGCUAGAGUAAAUCGUGGCUAUAAGGCGAUGAGAGCGGGACUUCAAGCAAAAACAGUCAAAGCUAUCUAUUACCCUCCAAAAAAGAAAUAUACAUCAUCAUCAUCCUCAUCCUCACAGCCAGAUGCUGAAGUCUCUGUUGGUCGCAUCGCCAAAGCAAAGCGGACCCCGAAGGCGCCGAGAGAAAGACGUCAAGGAAAGGCAGAAGAAUCUGUCGUUGUGCCUUCAAAAAGGAAAUAUUCAUCAUCAUCAUCAUCGUCAUCAUCAGAGCCAGGUGAUGUAGUCACUGUUGGUCGCAUCGCUAAAGCACUGCGGGGCCUGGAGGCACUAGAAGAAAGACAUAAAGUAGAAGCAGAAGAAUCUGUCUUUGUGCCUUCAAAAAGGAAAUGCUCAUCAUCAUCAUCAUCAUCAUCGUCAUCCUCACAGCCAGAUGAUGAAGUCUCUGUUGGUCGCAUCGCUAAAGCAAAGCGGGCCCUGAAGGCGCUGAGUAAAAGACGUCAAGAAAAUGCAUCUGUCGCAUCCACACAACUAGGAGCAUCAGGAGCACAGCAAGUGGCACGAGAAGCAGCUGUGGACAGUCCUGGAGGAGAUGCCGUUCGAAGAGUAGGGACCAUUGCAGCCCAAGAAGAUGCUAGUCAAUUCGCCUCAGCGCUCCCUCAAACCGCAGGAAUGGCCCCUCCAAGAUCGGGCUCUCGAAUUCGAGGAGCGGGCCAUCCAGGAUGGAUAGUUCCACAAACCGCAGGAGUGACCAAUCCAAGAGCAAAAUCGGGCCCUCGAACUCGAGGAGGGCCACGUCCAAGAUCAACAAGUGGCCUUCGACGCCCAACAGUGGUCAAUUCACAAGCAUCAAUGCUCUAUCCAAACGAACCACUGGCCUGUCCUCCACAACAAUUUUUCCAUAAUCAAAGCGCCGCAGUGGCUCAUCCAACAGGAAAAGUCCUUCGAAGAAUACAGCCCAUUCCGGUCCCAGGAGGGUGCACUAAAUUCGCACCAGGGUUCACGCCACCCGCAGCAGGAGGGGCCCCUCAACCAGCAGCACCACCACCACCAUCACCUACACCAUCACAAACACCCUCACUAACACCACCAUCGCCAUCACCAUCACCAUCACCAUCGUCAUCACCAUCACCAUCGCCAUUGUCAUCACCAUCACCAUCACCAUCACCAUCACCGCCACCAGCACCAAACAAGCGCUUAAAUGAUCCUGAUUGGGACCUUGUGACAGUGAACGGUACUCAAAUAGUGGACAAAAGGGAUGUGCUAUUGAUAACACUAGGUGAGCAGAUCUAUGAACAUGGACGUCGCUCACUGUGCAAAGCCCACGACAACAUGGCAAACCAACCCGUUAUCGUAAAGAUUAUUCGCAAAGUAUUGACUGACAUUGAUGGGAAUGAGUCUAGUUUCGUUAUGGACGAGUUCUAUGUCGGCAAGUAUUUGGAACAUCCGGCUUUCAUGCGCACCUUUGCUGCCUAUCAAACAAGCCAUGCCUACUAUCUGGUACUGGAAUAUAUUCACGGAAGAACUCUACAUGAUGCCAUUAAUGAUCCGACUGUUUCGAUGACGAGGAAAAAAGCAUACUUUGUUCAGAUGGUCGAGGCCAUACGCUAUAUGCACGGCAAAGGAGUAAUUUACAGGGAUUUGAAGCCCACCAACGUGAUGAUAACACAAACUAGAAAUGGAAAAGAGCGAAUAAAAUUCGUAGACUAUGGGAUUUCAACUCGGUUGGGUAAAAGAGUGGCCGACUCUAGUGGUGAGUUCAUAGAACGACGUAAAGUGAGGUGCAAGUUUCAUCCCUGUGCAUAUAUGGCUCCAGAGAUGUAUUUUUUUGGAAAGCAGAAAAGACCAUGCGACAUCUACCAAUUAGCAUUCGUUGCAUAUAUUCUCUUUACCGCCGAUCUUCCUUUUCAUAACAAACCCAACCCAUUGACCCAGGUAUUACAUACUAAGGCUGGUAUAGAUCGAACACGUCAGGAUUGGCGAGGUUUAUCUGCUGAUGCUAGACACUUUUUCAGGCAUACAUUUUGCGUUGAUCCGAACGAACGGCUAAACAUAGAGCAAGUCAAACUAACGCAAUUAUAUAUUGACGCCUAUGAUGAAGUGCGAGAUAUACUUCCUGAACUGACUGGACCUUAUACCAAUUGCCGUAAGCUCAAUGAAGACAUUGUGGACCGAAUUUCUAAAGCCUAUACUGGGAGGAGCCAUUGCGUGAUUCGAUACCUAAUCGAAGAAGGGUUGAAAACUAAUGGACAGGUUAUGAACAGAUUUGCCGGUAUAUACAACACAAUCUACCACUUUGAAUUUAUCAAGCCUCAGCUGGACGACGACAAAAGAUCUUAGCUACCAAUGGAAGUUGUUUUGUUUCUACUCAGUCGUCCGCCAAGCCCUCAGUUCAGUGUAAAUCAGGCGUACACUCUUCCACUGACUUGCAUGCGAAGUGCAUGCUGUCAUG